AUGCGUUUCUCUAUUGCCACCUCUAUCGCUGUCCUCGCGACAGUUUCCAACGUCUCAGCAUGGCACUUAACUGCCUACAGCAACGUUGAGAAUUGUGACCCCAACGGCGAGACAGAAUACCAGAUUCUCGAGGGCAACCAGGGUAACUGUUACACUUUCGGCUGGAGUAUGCCCGGCGUCAGCUGUGGCCACUACGUCAACGGUGGUGCCAGCAACAAGGGUUGCAAGGGCUUGUUCACAGCUAUCGCCAUGUACGCACAUGAGAACACUGAAUGUUUUUUCUACGCUCGGGAUGAUUGUGAUGGAAACCCUACUAUUAGGGGAUCCAACACUUGUAUCAACAACCGAGAGUUACUUGAGACAUCUGCGACUGAUCGAUUCAGGUCUUUUAAAUGUGCUAACACUGAAUAA